AUGUAUUUAUCUAAUGCAUCUUCUUCAAGUGGAAAAUUUUAGAGUGCAAAACAACAGCAGCAAGAAUCAAUAAAGGUAAAAGAAUAAUAGGAUUAAACAAUAAAUUCAGAAGGAGAUCUUGAAUCUGAAUUUAAUUAGGAUGAAUUUAAUUAGAAAUCGCAGAACUUUCAGAAGAGCCAGAAAUACAUAGCAUCAGAACAAGAAGUAGUUUCUAUAGAGGCCAGGAAAGAUGUAGUGUAAGUGGAAUAAUUAAACACUGAAGUGUAAGAGGAGAAGCCUUUAAAUUUGAAUUUUGUGUAAAUACCUUCAAAUCAGAGGAACAAUCUGUAGACUUAUAAAUCGGGAAAUAGGAAGCUCAUUCCAAUAAAUCAACAUAGUUUAAGUUAGUCGAUGAUAUCAAAUAUGACAUAAAAUAACAAAGGAGCAGGGUUCCGUAAAAUAAAUGCAUUCUAUUAUGAUAGAAUUGGGGAUCAAAUGAGUUUGAUAUUUAUGGAUAACAGGAAUAUAAUAAAAUAAUUAGCAAGAGAAACAGUCAUUCCUAUUUUGAUAGCAUUUGUGAUAGAGGUUUUGAUUUUAGUUUUGUAGAAUGAGAUUGGAGAGUUUUGUUUUAUUGAUGGAAUUGAUUGUUCUAACUAUUGGGUUAGAUUAUGGUCAUUUUUCAAAUAAUAGAUUGUAAGAUUAUCAUUAAUAAUAAACAGCUUUUUAAAUUAGGGAUUGUAUUUUGCAAAGGUCAUAUACUCUACAAAUUGGUAUUAGGAAAUAAGUUAAUACAAGUCAAGAAUGGUAGACCUUUGAUGGAAUAUUUUGUUUUAAUAAUAAUGACAUUGUCAACAGAUUUCAUAAUGAUAUUUUGGGUUGGAUUCAAUGAAGAUUGGUUAUUUAUAGUAUAUGUGUACAUUCUUGGAUUUGUUGUAUUUUUCAAUACAUUUCGAAUGAAGACAUGGCCAAGUUAUCUUUCUAAAGGGUUGAGUUACUUUCUAUAUGAUAUCACAAUAAUAGGAUUAUUAAUGGCUUGCUUUAAACUAUUUCCAUAUAUAAAAUAAUCUUUCAAAGAUUACAAUUCUGUGGCUUGGCAAGAAUAUUACAUGUUCCUUUAUGCAUUUUUAGAUUUGGGUAUGGAAUUCUUUAUGGAUCUAUCACUUUCAUUCACCAAAUACAGUGAACUAUAUAUAUAUUAAGGAUAGUUGCUGAUAAUAGGUACAAGAGUGGGAACAUUGAUCUAAGGAGACAUGACAAGAUUCGACUUUUGGUUUUGCUUGUUCUUCUUGAUAAUGUUCAGAAUCAAUAAUAUAUCAAUAGUGUUUACUGUAUUUUUGAGACGAGUGAUCUAUUAUGCGACUCCUGAUGGUUUAAAGCCUUAUGUCUCAAUGGAAGAGACUAAUCUAACUCGGAAAGGAAAGAAUGGGGCAUGUUGGGAACAUUUGUUUUGGAUUGUCUACUUCUAUAUGUUUAUAUUUUCUGGACGAACUUUUACUUAUUGGAUUUUUGAUAAAACUUAUCUUUUAAACGGAAAAUUUGAAACUAAUAUUUGGGAUGGAUAUGAUAAAUCUAAUUAUAUGCCAAUAAUUAUAUGGGUCUUUUUGUUGAUACCUGAAUAUAUAGGAUAUAAAUUGAAUAAGUCUAAGAACUACGAUAACAUAAAGCUUUUGGGAGGAAAUAAAAUGAAGUUUUAUGAAAAUCUAUUCAUAAGAAUAUUUGGAGUAUAUUUAUUCAAUUUUGCUAUGAUGAGCAAUUUAAUUUGA